ACCAAGGCAAAGCAAACACCUACCUUUUGCCCCUCUUUCUCUUUCCCAAAACCGACCAAACAAAGCAUAAAGCUUUCAUUUUUUGUUCAACAAAUUGUGCACAAAAAUUUGCAGAAACGGCCGACAAAGCGUUUGAUUUUUGUGUAAAUUUGCGCAAAGGAUUACUGCCCCAAGCAAAACCCACUUCUUCCUUUUGUUCCUUUUCCAUCUCAAUCACUUGCUGUAAUUGAAAAUUCCUCUCCAAAUCGAGCCUCUCUUGAACCCAACCCUUGUCUGCUCUUUUAUACAAAGGCACAAGCAUAUAAGUAACUUCUGGGUUCUGAGCCUCUGAGCUUUGUGAUUGAAUUUGAGUCAGAAGGUGAAAGAUUUCAAUGGAGGGUGUUUUGGGUAGUGGUGGUGGAGGUGGAGGUUCAGCUGGUGGGUCUUUGACUAUGUCAACGCUGUCUAAAGAAGACAACUUGGCCAUGUCUUCUGAGGACUCUUCUAGCCCAGAUGAGUCUGACCUUGAGCUCUGUCUUGGGUUGAGCCUUGGUGGAGGUGGUGGUGGUUGUUUAUUGAAGGCCCGACAAGGCCCAAGGGGUCAAUAUGCUAGGAUCUUGACUGCUAAAGAUUUUCCUUCUGUGCGUUCAUCUUUGUCCUCAUCAUCAGCUUCUUCGUCCUCCUCAUCAUCGUCUUCAUUGAGCAGUGCUAAUGUCACAGCUGGGACCAAGAGAAGUGCUGAUUCUGUGGCAGCUGCUAAUGGUGCCAGUCAGGUUGUGGGAUGGCCUCCAAUCAGAACUUAUAGAAUGAAUAGUUUGGUUACCCAAGCGAAAUCUUCAUCCACUGAAGUAUUUAACUCAGUAGAUGAGAAAAGUGAAUGCAAGAAUACUGCAGGGAAGGCAAACAGUGGAAAUGCUAAGGAGAAAGGGCACCUGAGGGGCUCCCUAUUCGUGAAGGUGAAUAUGGAUGGAACUCCAAUUGGGCGGAAGGUUAAUCUAAGUGCACAGAGUUGCUAUGAAGCUCUAGCACAAACAUUGGAAGAUAUGUUCGAUGGACCCUCUAUGCAUCUGAACUCAAUACGUACAGGUGGUCAGGAGGAGCAUGGUAUAAUGGCAGGAGCAACUAGACCGUCAAAGUUGCUGGAUGGAUCAUUUGAGUUUGUGCUCACUUAUGAAGACAAAGAUGGAGACUGGAUGCUUGUUGGAGAUGUUCCUUGGGGGAUGUUUCUUGGUACUGUGAAGAGGUUAAGAAUUAUGAGGACAUCUGAGGCUAAUGGACUUGCUCCAAGGCUACAGGAAAAGAGUGUGAGGCAAAGAUGCCAGCCGAUAUAGAUCCAUUUUAGCAAGAAGAGACGACGUAUGGUUGAAGAUGUACAAAGUGGAUGAAACUUAUAGUUGGAGCUUUUCGAAAAAAGAGAGAAACCUUUUGGUUUUUUGGGUUCAUUUUUGGUUGCUAUCGAAUGUUAUUUCAUUUUAUUCUUGGUACGCCUUCUCUGAGAGUUAUCUCCCUGCUUUGUCAAAGCCAUAGUCAUCUUAAUUUUCGAUGUCAUAGUACUAUAUAUAUGCAUAUGCUGCAUACUUUGGUGAAUGAUGUUGUUGAAGUUGUAUAUAUGGGGACGCAGUCAAAUCCCUUUGUCUGUUAUAGCAGAUGGGCUGUUUUCGAUUCCCCUUGUUUAAUGGAGAUAAAAUGUUUGAUAAUGAGAA